UUUUUCAGCAGUGACGAGGAAGAGUUUUAUGACGCUGAUGAAGAGCUGAUCGAUCUGGACAAGCAUUGGAAUGGAUCUCACGAACGUCACUACCAACUCAUCUUGGAACGCGCUCUUUUGAAAUGUAUCGCGGAUUUCUUCGCUCAUCCUGACGCCUUUGUAGCCACCGUAGAAUUGGAAACUCCGCAAGAAAGAUUUAUAUCGGUGGUGAGGUACUACCUGAAUGCCUUCUAUGCUGCGAGGAAAAGUGGUGUAGCAAAGAAGCCGUACAAUCCUAUUCUUGGAGAGACCUUCCGUUGCCGUUACAAACUACCCGACGAAAAUUCCAGCUAUAACCUACCAGACGCUUCACCAAGUGGUGAGAAGACAGAUAGCGGUCCUUUUCCUGGCUCGGAUAUAAACCAGCUGACGUUUAUCGCCGAACAGGUAAGCCAUCAUCCUCCAGUUUCCGCGUUCUAUGCUGAACAUCCGGCGAAACGGAUAUCUUUCAAUGCACAUAUCUAUACGAAGUCAUCGUUCUUAGGAUUAUCGAUUGGUGUUGCCAAUAUCGGUAGCGGUACAGUUAUACUGCACGACUUUGACGAACGCUAUACUGUAACGUUUCCGAGCGGGUAUGGCCGUUCUAUUAUGAGCACUCCUUGGGUUGAACUCGGUGGUAAGGUGAGUUGUGAUUAG